AUGUCAAGAAAUAACCAUCAACAUGAAGAAAGUGAACGAAAUCCAACAACGAGAUUACCAUCACCAAUACGCCGAGCUGUGUCUAAUUAUGUGAAAUGUGGAUUGACAGAGACUCAAAUUAGAAAAUCAAUAGUUAUUAAUUAUUCACAAACUUCAAUUAAUGAAGCUAAAUUACAUAAUGUAAUUAUAUAUGAACGAAGGAAAGAUAGACCCAAAAUAUUUUCGGCUUAUGAUCUACGAAACUGGUGCUAUGAACAUAAAAAGGGUAAGGACUUGCAUUCUACUUUUGUUCCUUUCUAUAAUAUUGAUGAUAUUAAUAAUUUGUUCGUUUUUUUUACAACAAAACAAUUAUUUCAACAAAUUCGAUUAACAACAUUUGUACAAGUUGAUGCAACUUAUAAAUUAACAUGGAAUAAUUUAUCCCUACUUGUCUUUGGCUCUACCGAUGCUAAUCGUCAUUUUAAAGCAUUUGGUAUGGCAUUAAUUUGCAGUGAUGAAAAUUCUGAAUGCUUUGCUCACUUAUUUAAUUCAAUUAAUGCAUUAGCACUUCAAGAAUUUAAUGAACCUUGUGUCAUCAAUCAAAUAAUGGCAGAUAGUGCACCAGUUCCUUCUUCUCAAAGCGUUAUGUCAACAUCAAUUUGGUUAGGUAUUCAUAAGUCGAGCCAAUGGACAUCAUUUGAUCAUUUUGUUGCAUGGAAAUCAUCGUGUUGGUUGGUGUCAUCACUUGGUUCUUGAAAUUUUGCUAUUGUUGCAGCAGAAAAAAAAGAUAAAUCUUAUUUGAAAAUAAUUGGACUGAUUUGGAUUCUAAUUGAAUGUAAUCUUGUUGCUGGAAAUAUCUUUGGAUUUGCCUCAUUAUUCAGUGAAUUACCAAAAUAUAAAAUUUAUCAAUCGAAAUGUGGAAACGUAUCUGAACGAAUUGUAUUAAAUAAUACAAAGACACAAGAAAAAGCAUGUGUCGGGCAAAUACAGAACUAUGAAUUUGAUUUUGCUCUGGGUAUUGCAUUUUAUAAUUUACCAGCUAUCAUAGUUGGUAUGAUUAAUGAUUAUUUUGGACCUCGAUGUCUAAAAUUAAUUGCAAUUAUUUUUCAUCUGAUCAGUUGGUUAUCACUUGGAUUCGUAGAACCUAAACGUGAUUGGCUUCUUCUAUUCCAUACGAUAUUUUUAUCUUUAGCUGGAAUUUGUACUUUACUUUCAUCAUUUUCUAUAUCGGCUAAUUUUAGUCAACAUCGUGGUCUUGUUACAGCAUUGAUAUCAGGUGCGCAACUUACUGGUUCAAUUUGUGCUAUGCUAUUUCUUGAUUGGCGUUUCACUUGUAUGAAUUUAACCUUGAAAUCAAAGUCAACAAAAAUAGAAGUUAAAACAAUUACUACACAUGAUACUUUAAUUCAAUAUUUAAAAAAUCCAUUAUUUAUUGUUGUAACACUUUUUCUCAGUUGUCUAUUGCUUACAAUAUCAUAUCUUCCAGUUGUUUGGUUUAAAUGGCUUAUGCAUGUAACUGGAAAUAAUACACAAUUAACCAAUCAUUAUACACGCUGGUACAAUAUGAUUGCUAUUUUGGGAAUUCUCGUUGCACCAAUAUGUGGUUUUAUUAUUGAUUUUAAAUCUGAUCUUGGUUAUAAACAAAAAAUGUUUAAUAUUUCAAUUUUACAAACAUUAACUUGGAUUGGUUCUGUAGCUCUUUGUAUUGUUUGUAUGUUUCAAUCGAUUUAUGCAGCUAUAAUAGCUUUGAUUAUUUUAAUUUUUUCACGUACAAUGCUUGUGGCUGGAAGUCAAGCAUUAAUUGCUACUGUUUUUCCACCUCAAUUUAUUGGAUCACUUCUUGGAAUUAUGUGGACAACAGCAGGAAUCAUUAGUUUUGCUACAUAUGCUUUAAUACUUCUAGCAACUGAUCCGAGACAUAUUUGGCGAGGUUGGGCAAUUAUUUUAUUUCUUUGUAUUAUUAUGAGUGGACAUUUAAUUCAAGUUUGGAUUUUAUAUGCAUCUAGUCAAUCAUCAUGGUCAAUACGAAUACCAUUCUUUGAUAAUUCUCAUGAUAUUAUUCAUAUUCCACUUCAAUCAUCAUUAUCAAGAGAAAAAAUUUAUACACUUUCUUGUCGUAAUUGUUUUACUUUUUAUACAAUGACUGGAGGACGUCGAAUGAUUGUUGAACCAUGUGGAGGACAUAAUUGUAUUUCAAUAAUAAAUAAUACUGAUUUAGAAGAUUAUAAUGAACCAACAGAAGAUUAUGAUUUAAAUAAAUGUGGUGUAGCUCAAAAUGAUCGUUUAUUAAAAAAAAGAGCAUUACAAUUAAAAAUAAGUACAAGUGUUAAAAAUACUUUACGUCCAGCUGAAUAUCCAUGGCUUGUUCGUAUAGAAAGUCGUUCAAGUACUUAUUCACAUACAGUUACACUUUGUGGUGGUACACUUAUUCAUCCGCAAUGGAUAAUAACUGCUGCUCAUUGUAUGUUUGAUACUAAAACAAAUCGUCUAUAUCCAGCUGAGGGUAUUAAUCUUUUUAUGGGACAUUAUGAUCGAUUACGUACAAGUCAAACUGAAUAUAUACAACAACCAGUUUUAUAUUUAAUUCAUCCAAAAUUUCGUAUUAGUCGAAUAUCACCAGCACCUAUUCAUGAUCUAGCAUUAAUUAAAUUAGCUAGAUCCGUACCAUUAUCACGUUCAAUUAAUAUAGCUUGUUUACCAGAAUCUACAGAUAAAUUAAAUGAUGGUACAUUAGCAUUUACAGCUGGUUGGGGACAUUCAUCACCUGAUUCAACAGUUGUUAAUCUACCACGAAAAGCAAGAAUUCGAAUAUCACCACGUUCAUGUCGUAAUUUAAUGGUUGAUAAAAAAUUACAUAUAUGUGGAAGAAAUGAACGUGGAAAUAAUAUUUGUAGUGGAGAUUCAGGUACUGGUUUAAUGGUCAAUGCUGGUAUUAAAUCAACUAAUAAUAAGACCAUAUGGAAAUGGCAUCUAUUUGGUGUCGCAAGUUUUGGUCUUGAUGAAUGUUCACAAAAUGUUAAUCAUGAUAAUGCAUUUGCAUCAAUUUCAGUCGAUAUUGAUUGGAUACAUGACGUAAUGAAAAAAUAUUAA